AUGCCGCGCAUGCCAAUGAACGCAGUGGCAGCGACGCCGCAGCUGCUGCUGCUGCUAAUGCUGUUGGCGAUGUCGGCGACGCAAUCAUUCGCUCGAUCUGCCAGGACAACUGUGGCCCCGGAUGCGAUUUCAGAAGAAGAGACAACAUAUGCGGGCGCCUUUGAGGCUAACACGGUAACCAUUGCCGUAGAUUCGGAUAUCAUACUGACAACUGAGGACGGCAUGCAGGCGUUUACACAACUGUCGGACUACGGGCAUACCACUACGGAGGAGCCAUUGCCGGAUUCUGUGCUGCAGCAGCUGGCGCGGGAGCGUGCCGAGAGGGAGCAAAAUUCUACGACUAAUGCAACGACAACAGCCGAAGAACCCAAUUUGUCGGAGAAAUUAAUAUCCCACAACAAGACAUUAACUAAAACGGCAAUAACAACCCAAAAGACAAAGGUAAGCCCAACAGGAAUACCAACAACAACAGAAAUUUCAACGGAAGACACAACAGCGACAGAAAACACUGAGCAGCUUGUUGGCCGCAGCGGUUUAAGCCAUAGUGCCAUAGUCCAACACAUGGACACUGCACAGAGUACAGAUGAUUUGCUCAUGGAAGAAGUGAGGCAACAGGCCUAUAUAGAGAGGGCUUUAUCGCCGGAUCUAACCCUCUUAUUAACAACUGAAAAGACUGCCAUGCUAGCCGCAUCAGACGAUGUCGAGGAGAUCACUAGUCUACCACUAAUGCAAAUGGAUCUCAAUACCAGUGGACCCCUUCCAUUUGAGGCCAUUUCAUCGGGCACUGACUCGAUGCGUCUGGAACAAACUACAUGGAUGGAAAACCCAGCAGAGCUAAUGGGAUCCACCACAGAGGCAGAUACGCUGACUUUUAUGACAACGACCCAGCAAGGACCAGACGAUGACCCACAGCUAGAGACAGUCACUAAGGAGGUUAAGUACCACAGCAACGAGAAUCUACUCAGUGGCAUGAAUUCGGAUAUUGUUACUCAAAAUGUUAAAAUGCAGCCAGAAUUAGAACUAAGCGCUACCGCAGAGCCACAGGUAGAGCUCACUACAGCCACUGUAGCGACGGAGAGCAACACCAUCGCCGGCACUGAUUCAGUGGCUGAAACUACAAUUGCACCGCCCAAAGAGCAGUCCAUGCUGACAGCAACACGUGCGCCACGCAUUGAACGCAUCUUCAACUCGGAUGGCGUCGAGGUGCUUUAUGGUUACUCAUCGGUGGUGCGCACGAACCGCUCCUAA